GCGGGGCGCCGGGAGACGCCGCUGCCUCCGCCUCUACUCACCCUCGCUAUAAAGCCACUCGCUCUUGACAGGAGGGCGCCUGAACUCUGCUUGUGGGAGCCCCCUCAGAAACCCAGAUAAAGCGGCGCUGGACAGGCAGAGCCUGCUUCACACUGAACAAUAAAUAGCGAGGAGGCUUCAAUCCAGUCACUCGAGGUCAUUCCACAAUGUAGCUCCGCAAAGAUGAAUAUCGAUGUGAGAUAUUUGACACAAGGACACCGCGUUGCCAUCAACAGUUAGAGCAGCACUUAAUGCUCAAAUCAUCACAGACAUCAACACAGCCCGAAUAAAUGGGCUCUGCCUGACUGCAUUUGAAGUGACUCCCAAUCAGCCACAACCCAUAGCAAACCAGAUUGGGACCGAACUCCACACCGCUUCAAAAGUCAUCAAUUCAGGAGGGUUUAUUUUCCCUCAAAAACAAGCCUCAGGACGGGGAUGAAGCUCUCUGAAGGACAUCACGAGGCCUUGGCAGCUCCACCGGCCACGGAGGCAGUGCCCACGCAAGUGGCCAAUGCCACAGAGGCAGCGGCCAGUCCAGAAGGGGACAAGCAAGACGGGUUCACGAAGGUGAAGGAGAAGUUCAUGAACGAGCUGAACAAGAUUCCACUACCGCCAUGGGCCUUGGUUGCUAUCGCCAUCGUUGUCGUACUGCUCGUCCUAACCUGCUGCUUCUGCGUCUGCAAGAAAUGCCUGCUGAAGAAGAAGAACAAGAAGAAGGGAAAAGAGAAGGGGGGAAAGAAUGCCAUGACCAUGAAAGAUGUGAAGGAGAUGGGAAAGUCGGGCACAGACCAGGCUUUGAAGGAAGAAGAUGAUGACGCAGAGACAGGUCUAACGGAGGAGGGGAAGGAAGAAGAGAAAGAGGAGGAGAAGCUGGGGAAACUUCAAUUUUCGUUGGAUUACGACUUUCAGAACAAUCAGCUAAUCGUGGGGAUUAUUCAAGCUGCUGACCUCCCGGCCCUGGACAUGGGAGGCACAUCUGACCCCUAUGUGAAAGUCUUCCUCCUGCCCGACAAGAAGAAGAAGUACGAGACUAAAGUCCACCGAAAGACACUGAAUCCAGUUUUUAACGAGUCCUUCAUCUUCAAGAUCCCGUACUCCGAACUGGGUGGGAAGACGCUGGUGAUGGCGGUGUACGACUUUGACCGCUUCUCUAAGCACGACGUGAUCGGGGAGGCGAAGGUGCCGAUGAACACCGUGGACUUUGGCCACGUGACCGAGGAGUGGCGGGACCUGCAGGGAGCCGAGAAAGAGGAGCAAGAGAAGCUUGGCGACAUUUGUUUCUCUCUGCGUUACGUCCCGACUGCUGGGAAACUGACUGUUGUUAUCCUGGAGGCUAAGAAUCUGAAGAAAAUGGAUGUGGGAGGCUUAUCGGAUCCCUAUGUGAAGAUUCAUCUGAUGCAGAACGGCAAGAGACUGAAGAAAAAGAAGACCACUAUUAAGAAAAACACUCUGAACCCAUACUACAAUGAGUCCUUCAGCUUUGAAGUGCCGUUUGAGCAGAUACAGAAAGUCCAGGUGGUGGUCACCGUGCUGGAUUACGACAAGAUCGGCAAGAACGACGCCAUCGGCAAAGUGUUUGUGGGCUACAACAGCACGGCCGCGGAACUACGCCACUGGUCGGACAUGCUGGCCAACCCGCGGCGACCCAUCGCCCAGUGGCACACCCUGCAGCUCGAGGAGGAUGUGGACGUCACUCUAGGAAUGAAGAAAUGAGACGCCUUUUCAACGUCCCCUCCCUCCCCCCCUUC